GCGUAGACAAGAUAUCACUUCAACUGCAGUUGCACACCCCAGGACACAAGCAGAGAAGCGCUAGUGAGUGGGCUGGCCACAGACCACAGACUUUUUUCUGGCUCCUCUGCACCUGCCCUGCGCAGCUCUUUUACCACCUGCGCAAGCCUCAUUGAUUACCUACCUAGCUGCCUAGGUAUCUGCUAUCCAUCUCACUUCCUACCAUCCCCCAGGAAAUAACCUUCCCAGCCUGCAACGCUACGUACUGGUUAGGCAUCUUUUUCAACGGCCGUCCACAGAAUCACCAACACCAUCGCCUUCAGCAGCAGGCUAAUUCUGCCUGACACAGCUCAAACGGCGACACAGCAGCAAACACAAGCACAAGACGCAGGCACGGUACUUUCACGGUCCUUCUCUCAUUCCCAUCACGCUGUGCGCACCGUGUCACUUUUUUCUCACUCACCCAUCUGCACCUCGGCGCCAAUAGAGACUGCAGCCAUCCAGUCUCCAACCGACAACUCGACUUAACACCAAAGGAAGGGAGAGUCAUUUGUCUGCCUCGCCAUCCGCCCACCCACCCCUCUCUUUUGGUCAUUUGUUUUACAUGAGCCAGCGAAGUUCGGCUCAGUCAGCCCAAAAAAUGCCUACUACAACCAAUACCACAACUAGGACCACCGCUGGCUCCAACAUCUACCUGGACAACAUCAACAACAACACAAACGCGGCCCCUGUUCUUCCCCCCUACCUUCGCACCGGCAGCCAGUCCCCGUUGAACGCUUUCCCAUUUUCCCCCAGCAACGCCUUCCCCUCGGCCAUCGGAACAGGCAUCCCAAAGGAGAGAGUGGGUGCGACCAAGAUGUCCUUAGAUAAUACCGAAAUCAUGGACUUUGUUACCCGAUAUCAGACGUUGCAGGGCUACCAAAAUGCCAACGACCAGCUGAUUAAGGACCUUUUGAUAUACUGCAAAGAAAUCCAGGGCCUCUAUGGCGAGGAAAACCAGAUGCUCAAGCAGGAGCUCCGCAAUGCAAAGCUCGACCUCGAACAUGCUACGUCCUCCAGGAGAGAGAUGCAGCAGGCGCUGCAGGAGCUUGAUUACGAUAACAACUAUAUCAAGAACCGCAAUCCCUACGUCUUGAUUAUGAUUGAUGGCGAUGGUCUCCUUUUCCAGGAAAACUUCAUCAGACAGGGCAUUGAAGGCGGCAAGCAGGCCGCCUAUGCCCUCCGAACUGCCGUUGCAGAGUACGUUGGCAGCCAGUCGGGAGAAGUUGAAAUUGUCGCCAAGGUUUGCGCCAACCUUUCGGGCCUCGGGCGUGCCAUGCGCAGAGAUGGCUGUUUGGCCAGCGAGUCUGAGCUCAAGGACUUUUCUUUGGGAUUUACCCAGGCCAAGGCCUCGUUUGAUUUCAUUGACGUCGGUCACGGUAAGGAACGUGCCGACUCGAAAAUCAAAGAGGCCACCCGCUGGCAUUUGCGAAACUACAACUGCAGGCAGAUUUUGCUGGGUAUUUCUCAUGAUGCGGGCUAUGCCCCUUUCCUCGACGAGAUCCUUCAAGACGAGGAGAUCCGCUCGAAGGUCAGCAUUAUCGAGGGUAUUGCAACGGUCAGAGAGCUCAAAAACACCAACGUCCACAUUCUCGACCCACUGCCCAGCCUCUUCCGAAACCAAAAGCUCAUUGACCGAAGCGGCGAUCGCGCUUCCGAGGCAGCCCAUCAUCACAGGCCACUGGCGGUGGUGACUACAUCGCCCCCCGUGAGCGUGGCCUCGCUGGCCACGUCGUCGGCGCCGGCGACGGCCCCGUCAUCCUGGGCUGGCGUCACCGCCAAAGCGAGCCCCCCACCAGUUAUCACCACUCCUUUGGCCAACAAAACGAACAACAUUCCAGCUCGUCAGGCGCCACUUACGAAGCCGCAGACGCCCGCCUGGAACCCCGGCCAGCGUGGACUCGAUUCCCCCAUUCCCAUCAACCAGGUGGCUCUUGAUAACAUCAAGAAGCGUACCGGCAGGGACAAGCUUUGCAAUAAUCACUACCUCCGCGGACCUUGCGCCAAGGGCGAUGAGUGCUGCUUCGAACACAAGUACAAGCCUAACCCCGACGAGAUUAACGCCAUUGCCCUUUUGACUCGUCUCAACCCCUGCACCAGCGGCCAGGACUGCGACGUGGACAAUUGUAUUUACGGACAUCACUGCCCCAGCGUCACGGGUAACACCUGUACGCAUCCCUAUUGUAAGUUUGGAGUUUCGGAUCACCCGCCUGGCACGAAGUUCAAGAACGCCAAAAUCCACGAGAAUGAAGAACACUCGAAGACCUCUUGAGUUUGUAAACGCCAGGAGAGACGGACUGCACGAGACAUGCACUUGGCAUUCCGGGAAUGGCACAACACAAUGGAGGAAACCGGAUAUGUUUUGGAGAUAAAUGUCGCGUCAAUGUAGACUGGUCGCCGGCUAUCAGGAGGGGGCGUGGCAUGUUCAGGUUAGCGCUGUAAACGCUGUAAAGACUUUGUUU